AGUACAUUAUCUGUAAAUUGUUGUUCUGGAAGUGGACUUCUCCUUUAACAGAUUCCUCCGCCUUGUUCACGAUAAUCACUGAACGAGCGCCCUCUAGUCGUAAAUUUCUCUAGUUCUACACUGAUUUAUUCUUGAGGGGUUUGAGUGUGGAUUACUUCGUGAUGUAUGUGUGUGUUGAGCUCAGAGGAUAAUUAAAUAUCAAGUUUAGAUUUGUAUUUUCUAUUUAUUGACUGCAUUAGUGUGAUAACUUUGUCUUAAUGGGCGGUCACUAAUCAGCUUAAGGAUUGUGUCGACUCAGCGGAAUACAACGGGCUUGUGUCUCCCCUCGGACAAUGCAUCGAAUAACUUCAAAUAACAUUUAACUAGACACACACUUUCUAAUUCAGAUACAAAAUAUCAUUUGUUAACGUCAUUGACUUGGACCUGGAUCCUGUAGAAAUGCAUUUAUUCGGGCAUCCAGGCAUCUGAGGCUUGGUCCUGAUGUGGGUUUGAGUGAUGGGAAGUUGUUUGGGAGUGAUACGUCAAAGGUCUCACCUGUCCUCCAGGAAUUCUUCCAGAUAUAGCGUCAAACGAAGAGGACGCAAUGAGCCUUUGAAGAAAGAUAAGCCCAAGUGGAAAAGUGAAUAUCCAAUGACAGAGGGCCAGCUGCGCAGUAAAAGAGAUGAAUUCUGGGACACGGCCCCAGCUUUUGAUGGCCGUAAAGAGAUCUGGGAUGCGCUGAAAGCUGCAGCUGUAGCGAUUGAAUGUAACGACCAUGAGCUGGCGCAGGCUAUUGUAGAUGGAGCCAGCAUCACACUGCCUCAUGGGUCCCUUAUGGAGUGUUAUGAUGAACUGGGGAACCGCUAUCAGCUCCCUGCAUACUGCUUGGCACCUCCAGUCAACCUGGUGUCUGAGGGCAACGAUCGUAAUGUGUCUGAACACUCUGAGCUACAGGAGAAGAAGGAGAAGGAGUUCCAGCUGAAGGUGCGUCUCUCCACCGGAAAAGACCUUCGCCUCAGUGCCACGAUGGCCGAUUCCAUCCGUCAGCUGAAGAAACAGCUUCAAACUCAGGAAGACAUUGAUGCAGCCAACCAGCGCUGGUUUUUCUCUGGAAAGCUACUUACGGAUAAAACACGUUUACUAGACACCAAAAUGCAGAAGGACUUUGUAAUACAGGUCAUUGUUAGUCAGCCCAUUAUUCCCAACUAAACACACAAAACUCUGAACCGGGUCUCAGUGAACUCACACCAUACGAACGCUUUAUAUGUUUCCAUUAUAUAAAGCCAUUGAUCAGGUCUUGAGUUAUAACACUCAUCCUUUCCAAAUAUUAAGCACAAACAUUUCUUCAAGAAAUGUCUAUUUUCUUAAACCUAUGAGGAGCUGAAAAGGCCAAAUAUACAUGCAUAUAAGCAUGUGUAAAGCUUUAAUAUAGUUCCACAACAAUCGGAGAGCAUAUUCAUAAGACUGUGCUAAAUCAGCUUUUAAGUUUACUGUAUGCUUAACAAACCAUUGUGGCAUACUAAGUUGUGUAAUACUCAAUUAGAUACUUUGCCUUCAUGGUUUUAAUAUCCUUACAUAUGUCGUGUGGAUAUUCAUUUCCAUAUUCUAUGUGGUACCAAUUGCCUUGAUCCUUGAUUGAGUCUGCUGUCCAUUGCUGAGCAAAGCUAUUUACUAUCAACAGAGUGUAUGGAUUUUUAAAAUCUUAUUAGGACAAUAAUCAUAGACUGUUUUGAGAUGUAUACAUUUUUAUGUUAAGUAUCUGUGUUAUCUGUAAAAAAAAAAUGGUCAUUUGUAUACAUUUGUUUGUAGACAUGCUUUUAUAAUUUGUUGUGGAGAGACAAGUUAUUUAUUUAUUUCUAAUAAAAAUGCAUUUUAAAUGAAUAAGGUUUGUAAUCGAUGAUGAAACAAAACAACUAUGUCUAAAUUGUUACUGUAUAUUGUAACAUUUAAUUUGAACGUUUCAUUAUGAAACAGAAUUGCAUAAUUACGAAUCUGGAGGAAAAACACUGUCAACAUUUUACAAGUUUUUAUAAAAUUUGAAUUUUGAAUUUUCUAUUGAAAGGUUGACUUGCUUCAUUUAUGAAUUGGCUUAAGUGAAUACAAGUGAAAUUGUGUUGACAAUAUUUGCAGCAUAAUUUCUGCAGAAAGGAUUUAUUUAAGAAUUUUAUUUAAAUAUGAUGUGAUGAAAUUGAAUUAAAUAGCAAUUUUAAUAAAU